AUGAGCACCUCUCAGGUCGAACUCAAUGCUUCGGCCGUCUCCCUUACUGAGGCGCGCGAUGCCCAGCCGACGGGUCUGGCCCCUCAUCGGAGCGACUCCGUUUCCUCAUCUGCGACUAGCAUCACCACAGUUUCCAACAACCAGGCGCAGCAACCUUCCACUGUUCAAAACACCACCAACAACAAUACCAUUACUGCUACUAAUACCCUUCCUGUCACUAACUACCGGCCUGAUCCCCCUCGUCGUUCUGCUACCGACAUUGCCGGCCCCCGCGAUCCGCUGUCGCGCCAAUUCCCCGUUCCCGCUCAAGAGCCGAGCCUCGAUGAGCUUCUUGCUCGUUCGCCUCCUAAGUAUUCGCUGGGUCGGUGGGUCAAGAACGCGCGCACUGCGAAGCCUCGCGACGAUAGCACAGCGGAAGAAGCAGCCGCGCGCCGCGCCCGCGAACUCGAGGCCGCCAAGGCCGAACUGCGUCGGGCAAAGGAGGAGAUGGAGCGCCUGCGGGCCUGA